GCUACCGAAAGGUUCUCCCAAUCUCACGCUCGUUUUGCUAUUUAAAAUAACGUUUCCCUGUUGUUGUUUUUUUUUUUUGUUGUUGUUGCUGCUGCUUCUUUCCCGUUUCCAUUCGAAAAGCGUAUCGAAUUUUCUGUACGCUACUCGACACUCCCGAACCUGGCAAAUUUGAAUAGACAAAUAAGUUCCGUUAAAAAUUUAAAUAGUGCGACCAAAAGUGCAAAAAGUUUUUACUUGCAUUUUCUUGCAAUCAUCGACAUUUUUCGUCAAAAUUUGAAUAUUUGAUUGAUCUUUACUCUUUGUGGAUUUGGAUUGAAAUUCAAUAUUUAAGAUGUUGAAGCACGUUCACCUGAGCCCCUACCGGAGCUCGAUGAUGAGCCAUCACGGAGUAGGUGUCGGUGGAGGAGGUAGCGCAGGAGGCCGAAGCGACACGCUCAGCCUCAAUUCGACGAUGAGCUGCAGCUCGUUGAGCAACCAGGAUCCGCUCUCCAGCCGUUCUUCGUCCUACACCAGUUUGAACGAGUCGUCCCACCAUUUGCAUCAGCAGCACCCACCGUCGCCAAUGACAACGGUGAAAAUCUACUGUCGAUGCCUCCGGCCCGACAUCGAGUACAAGACGCUGGUCAUCAACUACCAGACGAGCUGCAAGGAGCUGAUCAUGAUGCUGCUCAACAAGGCCAAGAUGAAGCACCGCGACCCCAAACUCUUUUACCUCACCAUGGAGGUCGGCGUACGCAAAUCAGGAGCUCCAGUUAGGACCCUAUUGGUACUGGAUGAUGAUGCUUGCCCGGCUGAAUUGCAAGCUUGCUAUCCGCGAGGCGGAUCGAGAUUCUCCAUCCAAAUGAGACGCGGCGGACUGGUCCGCGUCCACGACAGCGUCCUCAUGCCCAACUCUCAGUACAAGAGUCUACUCAUUUCGGAACGGACCACCAUCGACGAUCUGAUUGAAUUGUUGCUGCGUUGCCAUAGCAACAACGAACGCAUUGAGCGCUUCUCCAUCUACGAGGUUUGCAAUAUCCCUGGCUACGAGCACGAACGGAAAUUACAUCCAGACGAUCUGCCGCUCAAUAUUCAGACGGCAUGGAAGACGCGUUUCGAUUGCGGGAACAGCGCCAAUAGCAGCACUGGCACAACGGCAGCACCAAACGCCACCAUGGCCACCAGCCCACAAUCCUACUUCUCCUUCGUGCUAAAACGCAAUCCCGACAACAGCGCCCAAAUGGCCAGACGAAGGCUGCCAUGGAGCAAGAGUCUGGAUAUCUCGACCAGCGAGAGUUCCUCGUCGGCCAGUUCGACGUCAGACGGAUCGGAAACGGCACUCAUUCCACGCUCCUCAUCUUACCACGACUACGAAAACUAUUUCUACAUCUAAAGAAAUAUCAUGAGAAAUUAGAAGAAGCAACAGACAGAAUGGGAAAAAAAGGAAAUUCUAGCUUUAUAUGUGUCGGUGUAUAUGUACAUAUUAUAUUGGAUAUCGCAUGAUUCUACCAAUACUCAAGUCAAUGUUUGCUGACAAAACACAACCAUAAUCUCAAAGAUGUUUAUAGCUAACCGGCACGUUUUUUUUUUUUUGCUAAUUGAUUAUGCAACACACACCCUGCAACUAUAUGUUAUUCGAUGUGCAUCCUAGCGCCCAAAUCAUGUUGAUUUUUUUUCUGAUUUAUUCGCAUGUGGAAGAGUUACAAAAUCCGAUUGGCUGAAGCCGAUCAAUAAGUCAUGACAGGUCUAUAUAAAUAUGCAAAGCCACCGUUAUUAAUAAAACAAUAAAAAGCAAAAA